AUGUCUCCCUCACCCCGGUCGCUUUUGGCCCCCUUGCUUCUGGCGACAUGCGUGUCCGCAGAGAGCGCCGCUAUUACCCGAGCAGAAACCGCUCUCACCACGCUGCAGACAUGGUAUAAUGCAUCCACAGGCAUGUGGAAUACCUGCGGGUGGUGGAACGGGGCCAAUUGCAUGACAGUGUUGGCCGACCUGGCGCUCGUCGACGACUCUGAGUCGGUCAACACUACUGUAAAAGAAGUGUUCGCCAACACCUUCAGCGUUGGCCCCGUGUCGAACCCGUAUCCCGACCGGAAUAACGAUUCAUACUAUUCCAGUGCCGUGAGCACAAAGCGUUCUGUAGACGCCACGCAAUGGCUUGAUGGGUCCUAUGAUGACGAUGCAUGGUGGGGGCUAGCGUGGAUCGCCGCGUACGAUGUGACCGGAGUCGAGGAUUACUUGGAUUUGGCAGCCGGGAUUUUCAAGCAUUUGAGUCAAGCUUGGCCAUCGAAAUGUGGUAAUGGAGGAAUUGACUCCGAUUUUACACAUGUUUACGUGAAUGCCAUCACAAACGAGCUUUUCUUCUCGCUCGCCGCGCAUCUGGCCAAUCGUGCCUCGAAUCGCGAUUAUUACGUCGACUGGGCUCGUCGACAAUGGACGUGGUUCAAGGACAGCGGGAUGAUCAACGUAAACAACACCAUCAACGAUGGAUUAUCGAGCGAUUGUAAGAAUAACGGGGGAACAAUCUGGUCUUACAACCAAGCAGUCGUUCUAGGAGGUCUCGCCGAACUGGACCGAGCCGUCUCGAACGAAUCAUACGUGGAUGCUGCAGCAAAGCUUGCCAACGCUUCGAUCGCGUAUCUGGCGGACGAGAACCACGUCAUCCAGGAGUCGUGUGAACCGGACAGCUGUGACAGCAACGAAACGCAGUUCAAGGGGAUCUUCAUCCGGAAUUUGAAGCUCCUACACUCCGUCGCCCCGGACGAUGCGUACGUGAAGGUCAUUAACGCGUCGGCCAACAGUAUCUGGCACAACGAUCGGAAUGCGCAGAACCAGCUGGGUGUGGACUGGGCCGGCCCCGUCUCUCAGGUGGACGCUUCGACACAUAGCUCUGCCAUGGAUGCGCUGGUUGCUGCGAUUGGGAUUUGA